UUUAUUACAGCGCUUGGUUAUCGACUGAGCGAGACACCGCGCCGCUUUUCCUCCCGUAGCAGCAGAUCUCCUUCCUCUGCCGCUACGUGAUUAUUUUUUUGAUCCGCCGAUGGGCAGGGACCGCGCUGCAGCGCGGGAUGGGAAAGCCAUGAUUUCUGCUGAGCUCACGCUCCCCACUUCAUCAACCUCGGCUCGGUCGGGGGAUAGGAAAACGCAAACGGAGGAGGAGGAAGCCGACCGAGAAGCAGCAGCCCGGCUCCGAACUCACGGCAGGUCCUAGCGCAGGUCACGUCGGAGGGGUUUUUUUUUUGAGAUAAAGCAAAGGCCGUUUUGGCUACGUUUAGGAAAAUUCCAGAAAGAAUUAUCGACUAUUUCAACCUGCGGAGGAGCAGUGCUCCCACAGGGGUCCGGCGUGCCAGGGUGGGAAGUGCCGUGAAGUCCAACACUGUGCUAAGGGAACCCAGGUCCUUCAGGCCGGUGCCGUUCCCUCCCCGCUGCUCCCUGGGCCGGACCCCGCCUGCGGGACGUGAGAGCUCUGGCGGUGCCCCGGAGCAGCCCAGGAUGGAUCCUGUGGUUCUCAGCUACGUGGACAGCCUGCUGAGGCAGUCGGACGUGGCCCUGCUGGAGCCCCCAAACUGGCUCAACGACCGCAUCAUCGGCUUCGCCUUCGAGUACUUCACCAACCAGCAGUUCCAGGAGUUCAGCCACCGUGUCUGCUUCAUCAGCCCCGAGGUGGCCCAGUUCAUCAAGUGUGCCCUUAGUCAGGAAGAAAUAGCCAUAUUCCUCCAGCCCCUGGACCUCCUCUGCAAGGAGCUGCUGUUCCUGCCCAUCAAUGACAACUCCAGCCAGGCCGCUGGGGGCACCCACUGGAGCUUACUGGUUUAUUUCAGGGACAAGAAGUGCUUUGCCCAUUAUGAUUCCCACAGUAAAUGCAACUCUGUACACGCCAAGCAGGUGGCAGGGAAACUGGAGGCCUUUCUGGGAAAAAAGGGGGGCAAAGCCACCUUUGUGGAGGAGAAGGCGCCGGCACAGCAGAACAGCUACGACUGUGGGAUGUAUGUGAUCUGCAACGCUGAGGCUCUGUGCCACGGGUACUUCCAGGGCAGGACGGAGCCUCUGCUGCAGCUCCUCACCCCCUCCUACAUCACACAGAAGAGGUCAGAGUGGAAAGCUCUCAUCACAAAACUGGCACAGAAGUGAUGGGGAUGCACCUCCAGCCCCCCAAAAACUGCCUUCCCAGUCCAAGAGGCAGCACCCCCAGUGCCUGAGGGAGAUGCCCAUGCACAGGAUUGUCCCAAAGAAAAAGAAUGUAACCCCUCUAGCAUGGCUACACCCCCCAAACGCCCCAUUCCCUCCAGGAAAAGCCUUAUUCUCCUCUCGAAAUCACCGGUCUGUCUCAACUUCUAAUGACAAGAGUCACUUUGCUUUCAAAGAAACCCUCUCCAUGGUAAAUUUUUACAGUAAUCGCUGUGGCAAAACAGGUUGCUAAAGAGACUUCUCCACCUGUGCCCAGCAGGCAACACACCCUCAUUAGGUGGCUUUAGUUGCCUGCUGGCAUUGUCCUUCCAAGCCAGGUUUAGCAAAUGCUCUUUAAACCCAAGCCCCGAGUGCUUUAUCGUGGACAGUUCUAAUUUGUGCCUCCUGUUAAUGGUAUUGGAGAAAUGUGGGAUUUAGAAGCCAGGAUUUUGUACCCCUGAAAAUCUAACACUGAGAUGUCACUGCAAAAAGAUGAGACUGCAAAGGAAAUGCUACAAUUAAUUUAAGAACAGGGCAAAAUCAAAGUCAUUUUUCAUCAGCCAGGUGCUCCUCAGCCACACAGUGAUGGCUUUUUUUGGUCCCCCGCCCCUGCUUGUUCUUAUUGCAAAUUAAAACCUGACUCUGAACUGCUGGAAGAUUAAUAGGAAGCUGAGAAAGCCAAUCCUAGGAAAAGAAACUUAAUUGAGAUGAAAAGCAACACUCACUCUUUGAAGUUUGGUGUUUUUCAUUAGGAUUUUAGGUCGUCUCUGUGCAGGGAGGGUUUGUCAGUGCUCCCCAACCCUUGUUAGCGGUCGCUGCUCAUAACACAAAACCAGUUCUGUUACUUGAGAGAAAAGAAAAAAACACACCAGGGAGAACAAAAGGACAGAGUUUGAGGUAUAAAAGCCAAAGAUAACUGCGGGCUCCUUGAAGUCCUUAAUGCACUUCAGAAAACUGAAACACUUUUCUUCCCGUGCUGGAUGAUGGCUGGGAUCCCAGAGUGGAUCCUCUCCUUAAAGACAGGCUUAGCAGUGUGGAAAAUAAAAAUUAAACAGAUGUCAUUGCAGGAUAAGGAAUAAUCUCUCACCUGGUGAGAAGCAAAGAGCAGGUUGCUCAGGUGGUGUCUAGCAGAGCAACCACACCCCUACCUGAGACGGGAAAUCCGGGUUAAACACAACCCUUGAGGAAGGAUUGUUUUUAACCUGGAGCUCUUCACCACCAGUGAGUGCAGCAGCACAGCACUGAGGGGUUGGAGGGCUUCACCUUCCCUUGCUCCAGGUGAAUGUCAAGAACUCAGCCCAGGCUGCCCCAAAACACCCUCAUGGCAGCACUGGGGCCUGACAAGGGUUGGGGCUGUCCCCCUCUCCUAACACUGCCUGGAUAGGAGAGCAGCCUCCAGCACCAGCCCUCCCUGGAAAACCCAUUCAGCUGGAGCCAGAACAGGAUCCAGCUGCUUGCUGAAGGGGAUUCCCUUUGGACUCUGAGGGGCUUUGCUAGAGCAACAUCACUGCCACUCCCAAAUCCCAAAUAAAACUCAGACCAAACUGUGUG